AUGGCGGAUCAGGAGACCCCAGCUGUGGUUGAGGCACCUACCCCGGUUCUUGGGGAGCCGAUGGACCUGAUGACUGCCCUGCAGCUCGUCAUGAAGAAGUCAGGUGCUCAUGAUGGCCUUGUGAAGGGUCUUCGUGAGGCUGCCAAAGCCAUCGAGAAGCAUGCUGCUCAGCUUUGCGUGCUUGCCGAGGACUGUGACCAGCCUGAUUAUGUCAAGCUGGUGAAGGCUCUCUGCGCUGAGCACAAUGUCCACCUGGUUACUGUGCCUAGCGCUAAAACUCUUGGCGAGUGGGCUGGGCUUUGCAAGAUUGACUCUGAGGGCAAGGCGAGGAAGGUUGUAGGCUGCUCCUGUGUUGUUGUCAAGGACUAUGGCGAAGAAUCUGAAGGCCUUAACAUAGUGCAGGAGUUUUCGCUGUCGGCCGGGUUCUCGGAGCGCGGGAGAAUCACGAUGAAGUUCGUUGCUGCGUACCUGCUUGCUGUCCUUGCUGGGAACUCCAGCCCCUCAGCCGAGGACUUGACAGCCAUUCUGGAGUCAGUUGGCUGUGAAGUUGACAAUGAAAGGAUGGAACUCCUGCUGUCCCAACUGAGCGGUAAGGACAUUACCGAGCUUAUUGCAGCGGGCAGGGAGAAGUUUGCUUCAGUCCCGUGUGGCGGCGGCGGUGUAGCUGUCGCGGCAGCUGCCCCUGCUGCUGGCGGAGCUGCUCCUGCAGCUGAGGCGAAGAAAGAAGAGAAGGUGGAAGAGAAGGAAGAAAGUGAUGAUGACAUGGGCUUCAGCCUCUUCGACUAA